AUGCCUGGGGAGUCCUAUAACAACAAUGACUCGACCUUUUCACUUCCCCCGUGUGGGGCAGAGCCCAAAGGUUCUACCACCAUAUCCCAGAUUGGUGUCUUUGAGGAGGGAUCAACAGGUGAUGAAGAUGGAGGGGACGCAGAGUAUGAACCGCCAGCUGCGGCCUUAUCAGCUCAAGUUCAGAAUUCAAUAUCUACUUCUGCAGACAUGUCUCAGCGCUCUCUUUCUGAAAAUAUAAAUGAACCUGUUUCACACAUCCAUGUACAGCAGCAAAAUAUUGCCUCAGAUCAAAACACUCCACCUGUUUCCAUUAAUCUUCCUGCUUCUGAUUCCCACGUUGCUUAUACUGUGCAGAACGAUAGUGCACUUAAACCAAUGCAAGGAGAAUCAAAGACCCCAGGACGAUCCGCUAUUCAAUCCGCGAACAGCUCCCUACCUUCCACGCCGCCAGUUGCUGCAGCCGCCUCUAGGACCCGUCUGCCGCAUGAUCGAGUUGGCAUCCUGGAGGACAGAAUAAAAGCUGACCCUCGUGGCGAUACAGAUGCAUGGCUGGAAUUAAUUAGCGAACAUCGCAGCAGGAACAAGCUUGAUAGCGCUAGACAGGUUUAUGAGAGGUUUUUCAAAGUAUUUCCAUCAGCGGCUGAGCAAUGGGUCGAAUAUGCCACCAUGGAGUCCGAAAAUAACGAACUGUACAAGUUGGAGCAGAUAUUUACUAAAUGUCUUUUAUCUAUACCUAAUGUUCAGCUCUGGUCGUUGUAUUUGGACUAUGUCCGCCGUCGUAAUAACUUGACCACCGAUACAAGUGGCGAUGCACGACGAACCAUCACGUCGGCCUAUGAUCUUGCACUUCAACAUAUUGGCAUCGAUAAGGACUCGGGUAAUAUCUGGGUUGAUUACAUCCAAUUUCUCCGCUCGGGGCCUGGUAAUAUUGGAGGUUCUGGUUGGCAAGACCAACAGAAGAUGGAUCUUCUGAGAAAGGCAUACCAGCGGGCAAUAUGUAUUCCUACGCAGGCCGUCAAUACUCUUUGGAAAGAGUAUGAUCAGUUUGAGAUGGGCCUUAACAAGCUAACAGUAAGUGGCAUACCCUUGACUGGUAGUAAAUUAUUAGGCAUUUGCUAA